UCUCCGCUCUAAGGAUUUUAAACGGGACGAGAGGACGACGACGGAGGAGGUUAAAGCGAAAGCUGCCAAAAAGAGAGACGAAUUAGGGUUCCAUUAGAUUCUUUUUUCCUUACCGUGUUUUCUUAGAUCGACGACUUGGAACCCUGAGAAGACCCCCACGCCGAUCGGAGCGGAGCUUGGAAAUAGUUUUUGUUUUAUUUUUCUUUUCGAUUUUUUGAGAGCGGGAAGGGUUGGUGGUUGGAUCCGAGAUGGCUGAUCCGAGCGGCGGCGGGGAGGCGGAGUUGCCCGCCACGCUGUCGGGUUCCUUUAAAGGGGACGGGAAGGCGGCUUCGAGGCGGAGGGCGUCUAUCCGGCGGAGCUUGGAGGCGGAUGAGUUCAUCAAUCUGUUGCACGGGUCGGAUCCGGUCAAGGUUGAGCUCAACAGGCUCGAGAAUGAAGUCAGAGAUAAGGAUAGGGAGUUGGGGGAGGCUCAAGCAGAGAUUAAGGCGCUGAAGUUGUCUGAGCGUGCAAGGGAGAAGGCGGUCGAAGAGCUUACUGAGGAAUUGACCAAGGUGGAUGGGAAGCUCAAGUUGACAGAGUCUAUUCUAGAGAGCAAAAAUCUUGAAAUUAAGAAGUUAAAUGAUGAGAAGAAGUCUUCGAUGGCUGCCCAGUUUGCAGCAGAAGCUACCCUCAGAAGGGUUCAUGCUGCUCAAAAGGAUGAUGAUAUGCCACCAAUCGAGGCCAUUCUUGCACCACUUGAAGCAGAGAUAAAGCUCGCCCGCCAGGAGAUUGCAAAAUUGCAAGAUGACAAUAGAGCACUGGAUCGUCUAACCAAAUCAAAGGAGGCAGCCCUCUUGGAGGCAGAAAGGACAAUAGAAAUAGCUUUGGCAAAGGCUUCCAUGGUGGAUGAUCUGCAAAACAAGAACCAGGAGUUAAUGAAACAGAUUGAGAUUUGCCAGGAAGAAAACAAAAUCUUCGACAAAUUGCAUCGUCAAAAGGUUUUUGAAGUUGAGAAGCUUAGCCUGACUGUAAGAGAACUUGAAGAAGCUGUCCUUGCUGGUGGUGCAGCUGCAAAUGCUGUUAGAGACUACCAGCGCAAAGUUCAAGAGAUGAAUGAAGAGAGAAAAACCCUUGACCGUGAACUUGCACGCGCAAAAGUUACAGCUAAUAGAGUUGCAGUUGUUGUGGCAAAUGAAUGGAAAGAUGCUAAUGACAAAGUAAUGCCUGUUAAGCAAUGGCUUGAAGAACGAAGGUUCAUGCAGGGUGAAAUGCAGCAACUACGUGAUAAGCUUGCUAUUGCAGAUCGUACUGCAAGAUACGAAGCUCAGUUAAAAGAAAAAUAUCAGUUGCGCCUUAAAGUCGUAGAAGAGGGAUUGAGAAUGUCAUCCAGUGGUUCCAGCCGUACUAACAUUGAAGGGAAGAGUGUAACUAAUGGCUCUACCCGUCGUCAAUCUAUUGGUGGAGCUGAGAAUCUCUCCAAGCCUUUGUUCGGUGGAUCUGUAGUUCGGAGAUCACCAUCCUUUCAGUUGAGAUCUUCGCUCUCAAGUAGCACCAGUGCAGUACUAAAACAUGCAAAGGGGACGUCAAAAUCAUUUGAUGGUGGCACUAGGUCAUUGGAUAGGGGUAAAGUCCUUGCAAUUGGAAUGAGCCAUUCACUCGACAGAUCUUCUGAUGGUAUUAAAGACAUUGAUGCAAGUAACACUUGUGAGGGGAUUCCAAAUGAGAAACUCUGUGAGCACAACAGUGCUGAUUCAGAUGAUACUGUGUCUGGUCUUUUGUACGACAUGCUACAAAAGGAGGUGAUCACCCUACGAAAAGCAUGUCACGAGAAAGAUCAAAGCCUGAAGGACAAAGAUGAUGCAAUUGAGAUUUUAGCCAAGAAAGUGGAUACUUUGACCAAAGCAAUGGAAGUAGAAGCCAAGAAAAUGAGAAGGGAAGUAGCCACUAUGGAGAAAGAGGUAGCUGCUAUGCGAGUGGAGAAGGAACAAGACAGCAGGGCCAAGCGGUUUGGUAGUUCAAAGGGUCCUGUACAUGUUUCUCAACUGCUUCCUGGAAGUUAUCUAGCUGCUAUGCGAGUGGAGAAGGAACAAGACAGCAGGGCCAAGCAGUUUGGUAGUUCAAAGGGUCCUGUACAUAUUUCUCAACUGCUUCCUGGAAGGAACCUGCCAAGAACAGGGAUGACGCGGAACCUUCAAUGACACUGAAUUCAAACCGAAAGUGGCAUGGAAUAUUUACAUCAACUCCACUUUCCACUUUCUUUUAUUUUUUUACUUUCCCUUUUCAUUCUUCAUUCAAGUUAAGAUAGAAAGAAGCAUUGGCGGUGAUCCUCGAUCGCAAGGAAGCAGAUUAGAAGGCGCAGCUGACAUUACUGUUGUAGCUGAGUGGAAGUGAUGAUGAAUUUGACUAACCUUAUGGGACACUUUUUAGGUGAUAAAUGCCUGGCCUUUUCAGCUGUAUAGGUUGCACGUGUUCUUUUGAUAACGUUUAUGUGUGGUGAUUUAUUUGUCUUUAUUUGUGAAUAUUAUUGUAAUGUCAGAUCAAUGCUAAUGCUACUCGCCAAAAUUGUGACGUCA